AUGGAGCUGUUUUUCGCUCUUCCUCCUGAACUCCAAACCCUUGUGUUGAAGUACCUGGACCAUGAAGACCUCGACCGUCUUUUCGAACUACCUUCUUUACUACGACAGACUGCUUUUCGCAGCCCAUACUUAGAGCUCCAGCACCAGGCUCUUUGGGCCAAGUACUAUCGAAGCAACUUGGUGAUGCUGAAUAGCGAUGAGUUUCGGAAGUUUUCGUUGGAAGAAUUGGAAUACCUUAUUGAACGGGGAAUUAUGAUCGCUCCGGCCGAGAUCACUGUGGUGCUCUUUGACUUUACUGAUUAUAAGAACUCAGUGUCUUUCAUGUAUACCAUGUUCAAACGGUACUUCCCCCAUUUGAGACGGUUUACAAGGAAUUUCAGUGUGCAAUUGCUUCUCGUGGAAAAUGUGCCUUUGGAAAAUACUUUGCUUAAACUGCUUUUUGAACCGCUCUGUUCUGGCGAAUAUAACGUCAAUUGGUUCACCAUCAAGUACCACCCAGGAAUGGGUAAAAGGUCAAGGGAGAAUGGAUCGUUGCAUUUUAAUGCCAACGACUUGCUACAACCAGGAAACGAGAUUGCUAUUACAAAUCUACAGUUGCAUUUGUUCAAUUCUAGCAACUUGUUGAAACAUUUGGUCGACGAUAGCGGUUGUUUCUAUUGUAGCAACCUUAAAUCGUUGGACCUUUCGUUCAACAACAUUACAGAUUCAAUUCUUGAAACGCUUAAACUCCCUUCGUCUUUGGAACACUUGAACCUUUCAAAUAACCUGUUGAAGAUUAUCAGCAACAGGACGCUUCCGUACCGUGAUUUGGGCCAGCUCAGAAGUCUUAACCUUUCCAAUAACAACAUCAUGAAAGUGGAACUUCAAGAUUACCUUGGAUUUGAGAAUGACCCGCCUUACAGUUUAGAGCUGGUCAAUUUGGCUGGAAACUUAUUGGCAGAGUACCGUGGGAUCUUUGGGUGCAAAUUCUUUGAAAGAAUCAAGCGCAUCGAUUUAUCCAAGAACCUUUUAGAAAGAGUGACUCCAUUUCCAGAGCUGGUUAUCUCGAUAGAUGUUAGUGGGAACUAUUUCGCUUUACACGGUCACCAGAUGGUUGGUGUUUUUCCGAGAGGAUUGAGAAGGCUUUGUGUCAGUGCUGCCAUGCCAACGGACCAGUGUUAUGGAGAAUUCGCCAGAUUUUUGAUUCAGGAAGCUGAGUUAUGGAACCUUGGAGAAUUACAAAUCUGCGGUGUCAACCGUGAGCUUCCUCGAGAGGUUAUUUAA